UAUAAUCUAAUUGGGCGUGACAGAAACACAAGCACUCAAAACCUCCGACGUCUGAGGCACAAGAAGUCGUGCCAAAUUCAACAAACCAAAAACAGAGAGCUCGCACUUGGUUUUGGUCUUUGCGCGCGUGUCACUGUGAUAUGGUUUCGAGCUUUGUUUAUGGCCUAAGAGACGCGUUUGAGCAACUGGACCUCUUUGUUUCUGAAAACCCAGCAGCCUUUUCCUAAGAAAAAGAUGAAACAGUGAGAGAAAGUACCCAGAAGCUGAAGAAGGAGAAUGAGAAGGUUGGUGUUGUUUAGAGGAGCUGUGUUGUGGGUUGACUUCCUCUUGUCAGCUUUUGGUGGCUUUCUCAUGUUUUCUGGGUUCUUUCGUCUCUAUUCAUGACUUUUGUAACGGUCACUUUGCUUCCUGGAGGCAGCAAAUGGUUCCCAGGAAAUAUUCAGCUCUUUAAAGAAGCUCUUAUGACCUUUGGCAUUGAGAAGUGGAUAUUUGAUAGAUUUCUUAGCGUUUUCAUGCAAUAUUAAGGCGGUGUUGUUGCUGGGUGUAUGUAGUAUUCUACCUGUUAGAGAAGCUCUCUAGAUCUUUCACAGUUACACGUGCUUGUUCAGCUACGUCUGUUAGUAAUUUAGGGAUUAGUUUUUCUGUCGGGCGGAUUGAACUUUGGUAAUCUCAUUCCUGCAAUCUGGUGGUUGGUUGAACUCUUUUUGAGGCUAACCUCCUUUGGCAGGAUAAACCCUUACAGAUACUUAGGCAUCAUUUUGGGGCAAAUCUCCUUUGGCAAAAGAGUUUGGUUCUUACAGAAGCAAACUCUUCAGUUUAGUUUGUUGUAGGUAUUUAUCUUUGAGAAGUCAAAAACAACCAAAAAAAAAAAAAAAUUCAGCUCUGUUGGGCAAAUCUCCUUUGGCAAAGUUACUGAAGUUCCGUCUGGUUGGCUUUCCUGUGUAGUGGAUGAGAAGUGUUCAUCUUUGUUGGACUUGUAAUCACUUUAUAUCACCGUGGCAUUCUGCUUGCUAGUUGCUACUUCAGGAAGCUUCAGCUCAACUUCUAGGAAAGAUCUCAUCGCCGAUCGGGCAAAUCUCCUUUGGCAUUUCGAGUCCUCUGUUGACUCUUGUUAGCCUUUUAGGGCAAAUCUCCUUUGGCAUUUUGAGUCCUUAGUUGACUCUUGUUACCGCCCUCGGGCAAAUCUCCUUUGGCAUUAGAUCUCCAGUUUUAGUGGUGAAAAUACCCUACUGGAGAUACUGGCACAUUAUCCUGGAUAAUAUCCAGGAACUGCUGGUAAACUAUCAUUCUAUCCUUUGAAGGCUACACAAACUAUCUGAUCCUUGUAGCAGUGCAUACUAAGGGUUUCAACAGAAGAUUAAGAUUAGCCGGUGCUAAUUGAUAUAUUUCGUGGUAGAAGGUUUGUGUCUUUUCUUCGACAGCACUCAUAUCUUGCAACUCAUUGAAGGUUAUCUGAGUUUCUCUGGAGAACUGAUUAUUUUGUUCUCAUUUUGCAACUUAGGCAUCUGAACGAUGGAUAUGGUUCUUAGUGACUCUGAUUGGGACAGUUACAGUGAGACUGGUAGCAUUGAGGAUCAAGAGGGAAUCGAAUAUUUCUAUGGUGGGCAUGCCAGCAGCCUAUUGUCUAGCCUCGAGGCUAGCAUUGGGAAAAUUGAUGACUUUCUCUCAUUCGAGAGGGGAUUUAUAUAUGGGGACAUAGUAAGCUCCGUCAAAGAUCCAUCUGGACAGAUGGGAAAAGUUGUUGGCAUUAAGAUGUCUGUUGAUUUGGAGAGUGUGAAUGGAAAUAUAAUCAAAAAUGUAAACUCGAAGAAUCUGUCAAAGAUCCGUCCCAUUUCGGUGGGGGAUUAUGUUGUUUGUGGGCCUUGGCUUGGAAGGGUGGAUAGAGUGGUUGACUAUGUAGCUGUUGUCUUUGACGAUGGCACAGAGUGUGUGGUGACUGCUGUGGAUCCAGAGAAGCUCGUACCCGUCUCCCCAAACAUACUUGAAGACCCACAGUACCCAUAUUAUCCAGGACAGAGAGUAAAGGUUAGGCCCUCAACUGUUUCCAAAUCAACUAGAUGGUUUUGUGGUAACUGGAGGGAAAAUCAAGAUGAAGGAACUGUUUGUUCUUUGGAAGGAGGUUUAAUGUAUGUUGAUUGGCUUGCCUCUGUUCUCGUAGGUUGUAGUUCGAAUUUUCCCGCUCCUCCACAUCUGCUGGAUUCAAAGAAAUUGACUUUGGUAUCAUGUUUCUCUCAUGCCAAUUGGCAGCUUGGUGACUGGUGUAUGCUUGCAAUUGCUGAGUGUAAAGGUUUUUCGGAGCAGGCUUUUCAUAGAACUUCUACUUGUGAGCUCACUAACAAGCAAAACAAUUCAGAAAGAGGAUUUAAGAGAAGAAAUCCCAAGUCAAAGAUUGAGGAAAUCUUUGUAAUCUCAAAGACAAAGACCAAAGUUGAUGUUCUGUGGCAAGAUGGUAGCCAGUCUUUGGAAGUGGAUUCACAGACAUUAGUUCCGGUCAGUGUUGUAAAUGAUCAUGAAUUUUGGCCUGAACAGUUUGUCCUUGAAAAGGGAACUUAUGAUGAUCCAAACUUGUUUAGCAGCCAAAGGUGGGGUGUUGUGCGUGGUGUGGAUGCAAAGGAACGAACAGUAAAGGUGCAAUGGAAAACUAUAACUGCACCCGAAACAAAUAAUUUAGAGGGAGAGCAGAUGGAGGAAGUUGUAAGUGCUUAUGAACUUGUUGAGCACCCGGAUUACUCCUACUGUUUUGGAGAUUAUGUGUUCAGGAUGGUCCAGAAUCAGUUUGGUGAACAAGCUGAUAAAAACUAUCCAAACACAAGGUCUGACAUGACUGAGGAGGUAGCUCCGGAAGAGAAGAACUUCAGUGGGGAUCAAGAUGACUUCACAGAUAAAAGUUACCUACCUUGCAUUGGCAAUGUUUUGGGCUUCAUAGAUGGUGCUGUAGAAGUGAGAUGGGCAACUGGUAUUACAAGCAAGAUGGCCCCAUGUGAAAUUUUCCGGUUUGAUAAACAUGAAGGUUCAGCUGCAAUCCCCGUAGAAGAUGACACUGAGGAAUUGAACAAAGAGAUAAUUCAACAUGAAAAACAACCUAAUAACGAAGAAGGAAAGGAUUCCUUCAAUUUAGAUGAUGCUGCUAAAAGUUGUAAACCGUACACAAGCGAGUCUAGUUCCUAUUUCCUUCCUCAAGCUGCCAUUGGAUUUUUCUCGAGCAUCGCUGUGAGUCUCUUUGGAUCCCAUAGUUACACAUCACUUUCAGGUCCUUCCCCAUCAGUCUGUACUUCUGAAAUUGGAAAGGAAUCCGGGAUCUCCCAUGAGAAAGGAAUAGUAGAAACUCGUGAUGUCUGCAUUGAGCCACAUUCAACGUCUGAGUCUGACAUUAUUGGCAAUGAAAAUUUGAAUCAUGAAGGCGAAGACAUUGAGGGGAACAGAUAUCUUCCAUGUUUGAAAGACAAAGAGAAUGCAGAUCAGUUCAGGCAAUUUGACAUGCUUGCUGAUUGUGCAGAUCACCAUUUUCAUAGUGCCAGCAAGGAGUUGGCAUUAUCUCAGGUAAAAAGAGGUUGGAUGAAGAAGGUUCAGCAAGAGUGGAGCAUCUUAGAGAAAGAUCUUCCUGAACAAAUCUAUGUCCGUGCGUUUGAGGAAAGGAUGGAUCUACUGCGGGCAGCCAUUGUUGGUACCCCAGGAACUCCAUAUCAUGAUGGGCUUUUCUUCUUUGACAUUUAUCUUCCACCAGAGUAUCCUCAUGAGCCACCUAUGGUACACUACAUUUCUGGUGGGCUGCGUGUGAACCCGAACUUGUAUGAGUCUGGAAAGGUCUGUCUCAGUCUGCUUAACACGUGGACUGGUACGGGCAGUGAAGUUUGGAAUCCUGGGAACUCCACCAUUCUUCAAGUUCUUCUCUCCCUUCAGGCCCUUGUGCUUAAUGACAGGCCAUAUUUCAAUGAAGCUGGAUAUGAUCAGCAGGUGGGAAGAACUGAGGGAGAGAAAAACUCAGUGAGCUAUAAUGAAAAUGCAUUCCUUAUGACUUGCAAGUCCAUGCUGUUUUCUCUCCAAAAGCCGCCUACGCAUUUUGAGGGGCUUGUGAUGGAACACUUCACUCAGCGCUCUGAAAAUAUUCUAAUGUCUUGUAAGGCAUAUAUGGAGGGGGUUCCAAUAGGGUGUGCUGUUGAUUUUCAGAAAACCGAUGAUAAAGAGGGAAGCUCUACUGGGUUCAAAAUUAUGCUUGCUAAGCUCUUUCAGAAACUAGUGGAGGCAUUUUCUGCUAAGGGAAUCGACUGCAACCAGUUCAUCGCGCCAGGGAAAUGAGAACGAUGCAAAAGGUGCAAGCUUGUAAUAUACUAGGUACUCAAGGAAGAAUUCCUGCUUUGUGUAUAAAUAAAUCCAUAGUGUCAAUGUGUGUUCAGUGUAAGAUUGGUCAUGUAUGUUUCUGAAUUUGUGAUUGCUCUUUACCAGAUAAGAGAAAACGAUUCCCACACGGUUGUCGAUAUCUGUAAAAAUAAAUUGUCAUGUUGUAUCUGUAUUGUACCAUGUCUUGCAUGUAAAAUUUGUGAAUAAAAAGCAAGAGUUGAGUUGGCGUGUUA